UUUGCACUGAUGGAGACAACACCUUUACUUGUGUCUGUGCUGAUGGCUGGACUGGGACUACGUGUGAAGAUACCGACGAAUGUUUUGCCGUUCCUUGUAAGAAUGAAGGAGUUUGCACUGAUGGAGACAACACCUUUACUUGUGUCUGUGCUGAUGGCUGGACUGGGACUACGUGUGAGGAUACCGACGAAUGUUUUGCCGUUCCUUGUAAGAAUGAAGGAGUUUGCACUGAUGGAGACAACACCUUUACUUGUGUCUGUGCUGAUGGCUGGACUGGGACUACGUGUGAAGAUACCGACGAAUGUUUUGACGUUCCUUGUAAGAAUGAAGGAGUUUGCACUGAUGGAGACAACACCUUUACUUGUGUCUGUGCUGAUGGCUGGACUGGGACUACGUGUGAGGAUACCGACGAAUGUUUUGCCGUUCCUUGUAAGAAUGAAGGAGUUUGCACUGAUGGAGACAACACCUUUACUUGUGUCUGUGCUGAUGGCUGGACUGGGACUACGUGUGAAGAUACCGACGAAUGUUUUGCCGUUCCUUGUAAGAAUGAAGGAGUUUGCACUGAUGGAGACAACACCUUUACUUGUGUCUGUGCUGAUGGCUGGACUGGGACUACGUGUGAGGAUACCGACGAAUGUUUUGCCGUUCCUUGUAAAAAUGAAGGAGUUUGCACUGAUGGAGACAACACCUUUACUUGUGUCUGUGCUGAUGGCUGGACUGGGACUACGUGUGAAGGUGCCUGUCACCUAUGUUGUCGUUGUCAACGAAACCCCAUCUCCUUUCACGGGCAGCUCUUCUCAAUCGCCCAUUAACCCCAUCGACACUGCGCCUCUGGUGAACCGAUUCCCAUCUGCGGUGUAUAACACCAGACAAGCAUACAUCACAGCCUUUCGCUGCAAUCACGUCUGCUAA